AUGAGCCAAUUUGACAGCUCCAAACACGAAAUCGAGGCUUUGGAGGUUCCCUUUAUCUGUGAUCACUUGCUUGAACCUCCACAGUCACAGUCAUUUGUGCAGAAGCUGGCUAAUGAAAAGAAGUUUAUUGCUGACUUUGUAUCGCUUCCUGGUCUGAAAACAGAAGUCGGCAUAAGCUUGCUCAUUGGAGCCGAUCAAAUGUGGAAGCUCGUGCUAAACGAUGUUUGGUCGCACGACGAAGUGACAGGACUUGCUGCGAUCAACACGAAGCUUGGCUGGACAUUUCAAGGGCCUGUACCAUGCGACGGCCGCAUUUUCAAAGAAGGCCGCGCGCACGUUUGUGUCCUUCGCACGAGUUGCACAGAGACUGACGUGUCUGAAUCCUUACAGCACUUCUGGGAGCUAGACAGCAUAGGCAUUUCUGACCCUUCUACCCACGACGAGCAUGGAAAUGAAGUGGUCCGGCAAUUCACGGAGAACAUAGCACUCAAGAACGGGAGGUGCGAAGUAGCGCUACCGUGGAAAUCCGUCAACACAUACCUAGCAGACAACCGAAGUGUUGCGGUUCGAUGCCUACACGGUUUAUUGCGGCGAUUUGGUAGUAACGAGGAGCUUCUUCAGCAGUACGACAAGGAAGUCAGGCAGUAUGAACUGGAUGAUCACGCGGAAAGAGUCAACGGAAAAGACUCGGCAGAGAGAUGUUACUACAUGCCGCACCGUGCUGUUAUCAGGGAAUCAUCCUCGACGACACGGCUGAGGGUGGUCUUCGAUGCCUCGUCAAACGCGCAUAGAGCAGCGUCUCUGAACGAAUUAUUAGAAAAAGGACCCAAGAUCAACAACAACAUGGUUAAAAUGCUUGUGAAUUUCAGGCUACACAAGAUUGCAAUCACUGCAGAUGUACAAAAGGCGUUUCUUCAAAUUGGCAUUCAAGAGCCUGAUCGCGACGCCUUGCGUUUUUUAUGGUUUGACAGCACGCCAAUUUCAAGUGAACAUGUGCCGAAAAUAGUGGAGUAUAGGAUGACACGAGUGCCAUUUGGAACUACAGCAAGUCCAUUCCUCUUAUCAGCGACGCUCCAGUAUCAUUUCAAGCACAUCGAUCCUGCGCUGAGAUCAUCUGCCAUGCAACUUGCCGAGAAUUUCUACGUUGACGAUCUUGUCACAGGAGUUCCUUCUUCAAAAGAAGCUUUCCGUCUUUAUAACGAAGCAAAUCUCAUCCUCAGCAAAGCGGGCAUGAAGCUGCAAAAAUGGUCCACCAAUGAUGAUGAGUUCAGAAAGUACAUCACUGAUAGAUUGGACUCUGUCUCAGCAAUAGCUCCUACGAAAGUUCUUGGUUUGCUAUGGGACACAGCUGCUGACAAGCUUAUUCUAAACAUGGAAUCUCUGUUGCAGAUUCUCGAAAAGAAGAACGACACCAAGAGAUGUGUCCUUCAGACGGCCGCACGGAUUUUCGAUCCAUUAGGGUGGCUAUCACCGUUCGUCGUUAGGAUGAAAGUCCUCUUUCAGAGAUUGUGUGAGCUGAAGUUAUUAUUGGACAAGCCUUCAAGCUCCCAGCUUCACGUAUUUGCUGAUGCCAGUUCUGUUGCUUACGGUGCCGCAGAUACCUAUGCCAAAGGGAGAGCCCAACUUGAAGUGGGACAAGACCUCGACAAGACGUCGUCCAUAAGAGACCUGCAUCCCUUUAUUGACGAAAAGAGCAUCAUGAGGAUUAGAACUCGCCUUCAGAACGCCGAUGUCACAUACAACGAAAAGACGCCUGUGCUGCUACCGUCCAACCACCCGGUCACGCGACUCGUCAUUUUGCAAGCUCACAAAACUGUGCUCCACGGCGGUGUCGAUACGCUGGACGUCCGUGCUGGACGCACGGGUGUGUUCGAGCUGGGCCUCAUCGUGUGGAGAGAGGCCUUGAGGCUUGCUGACCUGGGGCCUGCUUUUGAUGGGGUGGCGCAGCGCUGGCUGCUUCCACCAUAG